AUGACAGACGCCGAAGACCAGCCCUCCCGGUUGGCAAGAUCAUUGCUUCCAGGACCAACGCUUUCCUUCACCCUGCCGAGUAUACACGAUGGCCUUGCCAUCGAUUGUCGCGUUUACCAUCCUCAGUCGCUCGACCAGUCGCCGUCCUCACCACCAUGGCGCAAGCACGCUGCCGUAUUCGCCCACCCGUAUGCCCCUCUCGGAGGUUGCUAUGACGACCCUGUGGUAGACAUCGCAGCCGGAACACUGCUCAAGCUUGGCUUCUUGGUCGGCACCUUCAACUUCAGAGGCGCACAAGGCUCCGCUGGUCGGACCUCUUGGACGGCAAAGGCCGAGCGGGCAGACUACGCUUCCGUUGUCGGCUUCCUGUCGUACUAUGUUCAUUACCUCGAUCCCUUUCGACCGCAUCUCUUUCAAUCCGUCCCGACGACGAGCCCAAUUGCCGAAGCAUCAGAUUACAUGGGGCCCCAUGGCGGCUCUAGACCCGUUACACCUUCUGCGCCGCACGACAACAACAAGUCACCGUUGUUUCUAAUGGGCGGCUAUUCAUAUGGUUCAAUGAUCACCAUGCAACUUCCUUCUCUCCAAAACAUACUCCACCAGUUCGACACUCCGGCUUGCAGCUCCCAUGCUGCGGAAAAUACGACCUCCGAGCUCAACACCUUGCAGAGGUGCAAAAUACAACACCUAGUGGCAGCUCGCCCGGCCUACCUGCUGGUUUCGCCUUUGCAGGGCCUCAUCAACAACCUCGCGUCAUUCAAUCUGCUUCCUCGAAGGCCAUCGUGGAAGGGGCUGACCAGGUCUAUGUCUUCCCCAGCUGCUACGGCUUCGCCAACGGGUGAGCUGAGCCCAAGUUCAGAUACUGCCCUGUCGCUCGAAGAAGCAGAAGCCAAGCUGGUACGAAACCCCACCCUCGCCAUUUACGGGGACAACGACGGCUUCGUGCCUGUGCGAAAGUUACGACCGUGGGCCGCACGCCUGGAGGGCAUUCCUCACUCUUCCUUCAGAGCCCACGAGGUUUCCGGAGCCAGCCACUUUUGGGCUCAAGGCAGACCAGCAUACACACUCAAGGAUGCGAUCAAAACGUUUGCCGAAUCACUGCUGGCCAAAGACGGAAGUUGA